AUGCUGAAGCUGAAACUCCAGGACUUUGGCCACCUCAUGCGAAGAGUACUUAUUGGAAAAGACCCUGAUGCAGGGGGGGAUUGUGGGAAGGAGGAAGAAGGUACGACCGAGGAUGAGAUGGCUGGAUGGCAUUACCAACUCGAUGGACAGGAGUUUGAGCAAACUCCAGGAGAUGGUGAUGGACACCAGGGAGGCCUGGCGAGCUGGAAUUCAUGCGGUUACAAAGAGAUGGACACGACUAAGCGACUGAACUGUACUGCAAGUUACGCAUGUGAAACACUUCAUAAUAUCCUAAAGAACUGA